UUAAAACUUUAAAACCCUAUGCAGUGGAUCUAAAGACCAAAAAGUUGUUCUUUUCAAAAUAAAUAAAGGAAUAAAAGAAAUAUUUGAAGAUGAUGAUGUGAUGGCAAGGCUAUAAACUCUAGAGCUGCCUCCCCCCUUUCUCCUACACACACUCUUCUCUCUCCCCUCCCUUUGCCAUUUAUGCAUGCAACAAAGUUAAUAGCCUAAUUAAACAACACUCUCUCUUUUACUCUCUCUUAUAUUUUUUUUGUUCAAACAAAAGCAUUCAACAAUGUCUAUGGUGGAGGUUAGAGUUCCAAAUCUCGACUGUGAGGGGUGCGCUUCGAAGUUAAAGAAAGCUCUUUUCAAGCUUAAAGGAGUUGAAGAAGUGGAGGUGGAAAUAGAGAUGCAAAAAAUAACAGUAAGAGGGUAUGGAUUGGAAGAGAGAAAAGUGGUGAAGGCAAUAAAGAGAGCUGGAAAAGCAGCAGAAGGAUGGCCAUUUCCAGGAUAUUCAUCUCAUUACACUUCCUUCUAUAAAUACCCUUCUUAUAUAGCCAACCAUUAUUAUGACACCUACGGGGGCCACAAUUCCAAUUCCAAUUCCAAUUCCAACUAUUCUACUACUACUACUUCCUCAAAUAAACAUCAUCAUCAUCAUCAUCAUCAUCUCAAUAUUUCUAAUUCAAAUAAUUGUUCUUCCCAGCUUCACACUUUCUUUCAAACUCCUUCCCUUUACUCUCUUGCUCUCUCCUCUGACCAUGCCAUUGCUUCCCUUUUUAGUGAUGACAAUCCUCAUGCUUGUUCUAUCAUGUGAUUUCUCUCUCUCAUCUCUACUACUCAUCAUCAUCCCCAAUUCCUUUUCCCAUCAUCUCCUUUUACUUCUUUUGUAAUUUAUUAUUUCACUUUCUUACUUUACUAUUAUUCUAUUUCUCUUCACUUUCAAAUUCCAAGUUUAAUUUAUGUAUCUAUUCUUCGCCCAGGAUUAUAUUCAUUGUGUUUGUUUGUGUUCUUAAUUACUUGGUUUAAUGGGACUUUUCUUUUCACA